AUGACAACCUUUUCCGCCCCGGUCCCUGCUACCAAAUCGCUGCCCACCAAUCAGUCAGCGCUAGCGGCCUCUUUCACCAACUUCCUUACGGUGUCCGUCCACCAAAUACUGUUCCUGCGCUCCGUCUAUCCACGCGCCACAUUCCUACCGGUACGGGCAUACAACUAUCCUGUCCGCCAAUCGCGUCACCCCAAGGUGUGCGACUAUAUCAACGAUGCAUCAAUCGCAGUUGGGACAGAGAUUUUGAAAGGCACAAUCACCGCAGUCAGUAUCAUCAUUUCAUCUCUGCGCACAAACCAGCCCCUCGAACGAUAUGCCUUUGAUCUCUCGGGAUUCCCUCGCGCUCCAUCUGGAGAGGCCCAGUUCCGAGCUUGUCUGGCCCGACUUGCAUCUGCUUGUGCCCGAUUGACACCCCUGCCACGAGACGAUGAAUUCAGCUUUACCGUAUGCAUCGAAGUUCGCGAGGAUGCUCUUCCCCCGGCAGGAACUACCAACGAAGAACAAACGUGGAUUGUGGCGGAGCCCGGCAAGGUGCAUUUGCGAUCCUGUACCGCUCCAUACUCCGUGUCCAAGGUGCGAAAUGGGGAGCCUCAGCAUCAGCAACCAUCUCCCCCGGUCUCGAAUGGCCGCGCCAAAACGGUGCCGGUACGACGAGUGGAGGCUGGAGAAUUGCGCUUGGAGUUGUGGGUGGAGGAGGCACGGCAGAAAUUCGGCGAACCGGUGGACUCAGAGCAGCCCCCUUGA